CUGGAUCUGUGUUUUAAUUCGCGAUGAAGUUCUCCAGAGUUUUGAUGCGUGUGGAGGCGGAGCCGCGCGCUUUGCUCUAGGUCGCAGAGGGAUUUGGAGAAAGAUAUGUCCUCCUAGCGCAGGGACAAGUCCGGCGAUUUAUCCUUCAGGAAUGGUCUGUCUGGCGAGGAUGACAGGAUUUUAUUUACUGGAAGCAAAGUAAGAUUUAACUGAAUAAUGUCAGUUUGACUUUCAAUAAUUUAUCUAAACGUUUUCUGGAUUAUGUGCUGCCAGUAGCAGCAUAACUUCUUCAUACAGGCAGAUUCCAUUGAGUCUACAAGCACCUGACUCGCUGAGCACUACACCCUGGCUUCAACCCUUCACCAGUCCAAGGUCAAGGACCGGAUAACAUCUGUCAACAUUUUCUGGUUCUACUGUUCCAGGUUGGCGGACACAGAGGAGAACCUGAAACACACCCAGCCCUGAGGACAAGUAGACUACGCGACACACCCUGCCCUGAGGACAACUCCAGAAAUACUACAUUUUAAUUUAGACCAGGACAGACAACAACCAGGCCCCACACACAAACACACUCUGGAAACCAAACGACCUGGUGGUGCUGGUGCCUAGCCUCACCCAGUUAAUAACAAUGGUCUGGUCCGUUCCAAUCUGAUUGACACAGACUGACUGUCUGGCUGGUUUGGGUGUUUUGUGACGCUCCUCUAUACGUUCAUCAUCAUUGUAUCUGAAUUUGAAGAGCUGAAGGACUCAACAUGCACCUGACUGUGUGAAGUUGAGCCCUCGACUGCCAAGGACCGCUUAGACUACUGACCUCGUAAGGGCCGUGUGUGGUCGCUUGUGUGGUGGUCGAUCAUGGGUAAGGAGCAGGACCUCCUGGUGGCAGUGAAGAGUGGAGACAUCCUCCUGGCCCAAAAACUCCUGGCCAAGGUCACAUACAACAAAACCAAGUUGCUGGGCUCCACAAAGAGGCUCAACAUCAACUAUCAGGACUUAGACGGGUUUUCAGCGUUACACCAUGCAGCUCUAACAGGCACCACUGAGCUGCUGUCACUUCUACUGGAGGCUCAGGCCACUGUGGACAUCAAAGACAUUAAUGGUAUGCGUCCGCUACAUUAUGCAGCGUGGCAGGGUAAAGCUGACUCUGUGUUGCUGCUGCUGAGAGCUGGAGCAUCUGUUAACACACUGUCACAGGAUGGACACAUACCUCUACACCUGUCUGCACAGUACGGACACUACCAGGUGUCUGAGAUGUUACUCCAGCACCAGUCUAAUCCCUGUCUGGUGAACAAGGCCAACAAGACUCCUCUGGACCUGGCCUGUGAGUUUGGCAGACUCGAGGUUGCUCAAUUGUUAUUGAACAGCAACAUGGUGGUAGCUCUGUUGGAGGGGGAGGGGCUAGACGGUUUAGACAAUGCCUCCUCCAACACGCCCCUUCACCUGGCCGCUCGCAACGGACACAAAGACAUCAUCAGGGUGCUACUGAAGGCUGGUAUAGACAUCAACAGAACGACUCAGGCUGGCACCUGUCUGCACGAGGCUGCCCUCUACGGCAAGACUGAAGUAGUGUGUCUGCUGCUGGACGCUGGUAUUGAUGUGAAUCUGCGUGACACCUACAACCAGACAGCUCUGGACAACGUUAACCAGUUCACCACCUCAUCAGCCAGCAGGGACAUCAAGAUAAUACUACGAGAAGCGUUAGGGUCUCUCCAGGUGAGAGCUGUGAAGGACUACUGGAACCUUCAUGACCCUACAGCCCUCAACCUCCGUGCUGGAGACCUCAUCAUGGUGUUGGAGCAGCACACGGACGGGCGGUGGAAAGGUCAUAUCCAUGACAACCAGAGAGGAACGGACCGGGUCGGAUACUUCCCUCCGUCUGUAGUGGAGGUCAUCAGCCAGAGAACAGGGGGUUCUGUCUCAUGUCAGGUCUCGUUACCAAGCCAACGGCAGCAGCACUUCCUGUCAAGAGCUCCUCCCACCAGUAUUGGCUCCGCCCCCCAGAUUGAGGACUCCUACGCCUUGUACUAUGACCACGCAGCAGGAGACAGGAACAGUGUUAGCAGUGCAGGCAGCAGUGCAGGCAGCAGUGCAGGUAGUGUGGGCAGCAGUCGUAGUGCUGGCAGCGGGCAGAGCUCAGAGAACGGCUUCGGACCGAAUGGGACACACAAGCUGGCUCCCUCUGUUGGUGAGUCCAGAGAACAGCAGUUUCCCCCUGCAGGACCAGACCCCAGCAAACAACCUGAUGGAUAUACAGGUGGUCAGAGUCGUCAAGUGGUAGGUGGUACUCGUUUGGGGGAGCAGAGUGGCUUCGUGUGUCCAGACAUGGUCCUGGUGGGCAGCGACUCUGAGGCCAUCUACCAAUGGCUGUGUGAGUUCCAGCUGGAGAGCUACACUGCCAACUUCCUCACAGCAGGAUACGAUGUACUUACUGUCAGUAGGAUGACCCCAGAGGACCUGACUGCCAUCGGUGUGACCAAACCAGGCCACCGAAAGAAGAUCUCCAUGGAGAUAGGCAACCUGAACAUCCCAGAGUGGCUGCCUGACUACAUCCCUUCUGAGCUGUCAGAGUGGUUGAGUGCGAUCGGUCUCCCUCAGUACCAGCAGAGACUGUGUGAGAAUGGUUAUGACACCAUCAGCAUCCUCAAGGAUAUCACCUGGGAGGACUUAUCAGAGAUAGGAAUCACCAAGCUGGGUCAUCAGAAGAAGCUGAUGUUAGCCGUGAAGUGUUUAUGUGACCUGCAUCGUUCUCGUCACCAUGCCAACGGCUCCGACACGCUCCGGCAUAAACCUACCACGGUGGCUAUUGAGCCCCCCGAGAUCCCCUACGACUGCUGCCCCCUUUCCCCUCACACCCCCAGGACACCCUUCCCCUCAUUCCAUGACAGCGAGCUGAGCACAGAGGUACAGAACACCAUGAUGGGGAGGGCAGCAGGAGGAGGAGUGGGGAGAGGGGGGUUUGGGGUGGGUGUGAGGGAGAGCAUCGGAACGUGCUCCCGCGGAUCUGGGAAUUCUGGGAAUUCUGGAAUAUCUGGGAAUUUUACGGGAUAUUCCCAAGAGCUUCACCAACAGACUCUGGCAUCGGCUGGAGUGCACAGUCGCUCGGACGAAAGCUUGGGAGGAGGGGGAAGGAGACAGGGGGGAGGAGGUAGUCCAGGGAGAGACCGACAGAGACUCACAGAGGUGUGGCCAGACCAGAAGCGCCACCCCCAGCCACCCACUAAACUACCCAUCACCCCCCUCACCCCUCCUCUCACCCCCAGCUCGAUGCCCCGCUUCGCCUACCCAGCCGUGCAUAGUAAACCCAAACCUUGCAAGCCCCCGGCCCACCCUCUUCCCUUCUCCUCUCCCCAGGCCUCCCCCACACAGAGGGCCUUCAACUACCUCCACACCCAGGAAGGAGGCACCUAUAUGUGCCAACGUGGCCUACCCAAGCCCCGGGCUGGAGCAAUCCCCCUCCCAGGACAAGGCCUCAACACAGAGGCUCUCAAGAAACGCACCCAGAGUCUGUCCCACUACGCCCUGUCAGAUGGAGAACCGGAAGACGACGAGUCAUCGCUGCAGGAAUCCGUCCCUCCGGUGACCAUGCCCUCGUACGCAACACUAGGACGCAAAACAGGCUGCGGCCAAUCAAAUUCCUCCGCCGUCCAACGCCACAUCAGCCGGAGCCACUCAUUCGCUGUCCGCUCUCGCCGCAAAGGCCCGCCCCCUCCGCCACCUAAGAGGAUGAGCUCGGUGAGUGGCAGCCAGGCCAGUGCUUCAGGAGUGGCAGUAGUGGCAGGGCAGGUGGAGGUGGGAGGGGUGGUGACAGAGAGUGCAGGCAGUGUGAGAAGCAUCGCAGCCAGGCUACAGGGGUCCAGGCCCGGGGGCAGCCCCUCUAAGGGGGUAGCGUUACCCUCCCCUCACAACCCCACCCUCGCAUCCCACAAACCUGUACCCGCUCUGGGGCUGGGAAGCCUGAGGAGGAUGGGGGCCGAGCGGAGGGAUAGAGAUGGAGGGAUAGAGAAAAGCCCAGAAGAGGAGAGAGUGCAGAAGCAUGGUUCAGUAUUGGAAAGCUCUACAUCACCUCAGAGUAGCUCCAAUGAGAACCUCCCUUUUGCGGAGGAGGGCAACCUCACCAUCAAACAGCGGCCCAGGAUGGGAGCAGGCUUCCGGUCAGACCCUGAAAUCCAACCCCAGGCUUCUCCAGAAGACCCAAAAAUGCAGGCCCCAAAGUCCUUGGGGGUCCCUGAGUUCAACCUCAAAGAGUCGGACACGGUCAAACGACGGCGUCAGCCCAAAGACCGGGAAACACACACACUGGACGAGAUCUUCACCGCCAGCGAAGACGACGGACACACACAGCCACACACACACAGCCGGUCCAAUGGCUUCCACACACACACAAACAGAGACCAGCAAGAGGAGGAAGCAGGUGUGAAGUCAGGGAGCUGUUUACAGAGAACAGAAUUGACAGGGAAAGGCCAGAAACCACCCCUGUCCUCCAAACCAACCACCCCUGUCCUCAAACCAACCACCCCUGUCCUCAAACCAACCACCCCUGUCCUCCAAACCAACCAGCCCUGUCCUCCAAACCAACCAGCCCUGUCCUCCAAACCAACCAGCCCUGUCCUCAAACCUAUCCUCACCCCUAUACCAGCCAGUCAACAGAAGACAGCGACAGGCAGCACACAGAACCAUAUAACAGCCAGUCAAAAUACACACACAACCACCUGUAUACCAGGCAAUCCACAGAAACCAGUAACGGCAACCAAAGCAGGCAUUCUGCAGAGAACAGGAACAUCCAGGCCAACGAAUCAGAUGCCUGCUACUGUCUCUGCCUCUACACUUCCCCAGCUCAGCUCAUCCAUAACCUCAGCCCCUACAGCCCAGGCAACCCGCGCUCCAUCCUACCGCACCUUGGUGCCUCCAGGCCAGGCCAGGAGAGCAGGAAAGGCCCAGGCUGGUGAGGCCUGCUCGGAGGUGUUGGUUCAGAAGAGGCUUGUUGAGACCAACACGUCACUGGGGGCAGCGCUGCAAGUUGUAGAGAGAAAAACGUCUCAGGAUGACUGCACUGACGGCAGCACAGUGAAAGCAGCAGGGAAUAUCCUGGAUGACAUCGGCAACAUGUUUGAUGACCUCGCCGACCAACUGGAUGCCAUGUUGGAUUAAAUACCUCCUCUUCACUCAAGGCAACCUGAAUAGGACCCGUAGGAUUGGGUUGCAAAUUGCACCCUCUUCCCUAUAGAGCCCUGGUCAAAAGAAGUGCACUAUAUAGGGAAUAGGGGGCCAUUUGGGAUGCAUCGCUUGAAUUGAUUAGACUGAUGCACUGAUCUGCAUGUUUCAUAGGGUGGAUGAGAGAAAGUAGGAGCGGGGAGAGGAAGAGGGAGGGAAAGUGAAAGGGCGAAGGGGGGGCAAUGGGGUGAAGAGAGCAGUCACAAUGUGGAGAACCUCUGACUGCACUUGAAAGAGUGUGGAUAUCAUUAACACACACAUCGGGGACUUGCCUUAACUGGAGCGCAUAACCCUGGAUCAAUGGUUUUGCUUGGCAAAGACAGCACAAUAACAAAGAACAAUUUACUGUGUUUUAUAACAUAGAGCACGGGUUUAUGACAUAGAGCACGGGUUUAUGACAUAGAGCACGGGUUUAUGACAUAGAGCACGGGUUUAUGACAUAGAGCACGGGUUUAUGACACAGAGCACGGGUUUAUGACACAGAGCACGGGUUUAUGACACAGAGCACGGGUUUAUGACACAGAGCACGGGUUUAUGACACAGAGCACGGGUUUAUGACACAGAGCACGGGUUUAUGACACAGAGCACGGGUUUAUGACACAGAGCACGGGUUUAUGACACAGAGCACGGGUUUAUGACACAGAGCACGGGUUUAUGACAGAACGAGUGGCUUUGCUACAUCUUUGCUCUGAGCCAACCAGAUUGUAUCACAAAGGGAAUAAGGGUCCAUUUUUAACAUUUAUUGUAAAUUAUAUCAUAUUCUCGUCUUAAACUUUACCCAAUCUUAUGUUGUGUGUCAAUAUUCUUAACAUGAGACUCUUAAAUGUUACUGAAAACUGAGAUUUUGUUGUUUUUACGUUGCAUUUUUUUGUUUUACAAAGGGAGCACCUAUUCUCUUCAAAAUAUACUAUACGUGAUGUUAGGAGUAACUAUGGUAAUUAGAAAAGUACUUUGUAAAUAAAUAAAUAAAAGUUUUAUGAUAACAUGUCA